AUGGAGAGGUACUUGGAGUGCUAUGCCUUAAUAGUAAUGCUUACCAUCUGCGGAUUGUUUGCUUAUCCUGCUUUGGCUCGGUCUUCAAUAAUUACAUCUUCUUCAACAACAAGGCACUUCAAUUUCAAUUUGGAAUGGAAGAAUGUCACGCGUCUCUGUUGCACCAAGCCGCUCUUGACGGUGAACGGCCAGUACCCUGGCCCUACCAUAGACGUCCACGAGGGUGACAAAAUCGCGGUCAAAGUCACCAACAGGGUGGAACGUAACACCACCAUUCAUUGGCAUGGCGUACGACAGAUGAGAACAGCGUGGGCUGAUGGACCGGCCUACAUCACCCAGUGCCCCAUCCCGCCCAGCGGAACCUACGCAUACAGAUUUACGGUGGAAGGGCAGAGGGGCACCCUUUUCUGGCACGCCCACAUCUCCUGGCAGAGGGCUUCCGUUCACGGCGCCUUCAUCAUCCGCCCACGGACUCCCUAUCCCUUCUCCAGCAUAAAUUUAGAAGAUCUAGUCGCAUUAAUUUUCUUGUAAAAAGGUGAAUGGUGGAACAGCGACGUGCUAGCAGUGGAAGAGGAGUCCAUCAAGUACGGUGGAGGCCCGACUGUUUCCGACGCUUACACCAUUAAUGGCCUCCCUGGUCCUCUCUACCCUUCUUGCUCCAUCAACCGAGAUACGUUCAUUCAAACCGUGGAGCCCGGCAAGACCUACAUGCUCCGUGUGAUCAACGCGGCUCUCAAUGACGAGCUCUUCUUCGCCAUCGACGGACACAACCUCACCGUCGUGGAGGCCGACGCCACCUACGUGAAGCCCUUCUCCACCCCUGCCAUCAUGAUCACCCCGGGCCAGACCACCACCGUCCUCCUCACCACCCGCUGCACCGCUCCCGCCCGCCAAUCCUUCGCCCUCGCCGCCCGCCCCUACGUCACCGCCACCCAAGCUCCCUUCGACAACUCCACCGCGGUCGGAUUCAUCCACUACUCCAAAUCCAUCCCGCCCGUCUCCUCCCUGCCUCGCACCCUCCCCCGCAAUCUCCCCCGGUUACGAGACACCGCCUUCGCCACGGACUUCUCCAACAAGCUCCGGAGCCUCGCCUCCGCCGAGUUCCCGUGCAAGGUGCCGAAAGAAGUCGACAAGGAGGUCUUCCUGACGGUGAGCCUCAACCUCCAGGACUGCUGCGGUAACUGCACCUGCAAAGGGCCGGACUCGAAGAGGUUCGCGGCGUCGUUGAACAACCAGUCCUUCGUCCGGCCGCCGAUCUCCAUUCUCCAGUCCUACUACUCUAAGAACGGGACGCUGCUCGAGGACUUCCCGGAGAGACCGACGAACCCGUUCGACUACACGGCGAAGACGGCACCGGGAACGAACAUGAACGCCGAGCACGGGACGAGGCUGCUGGCGGUGGCCUACGGGACGAGGAUGGAGGUGGUGCUGCAGGACACGAGCUUCAUCAACGCCGAUAACCACCCGAUCCACGUGCACGGGCACAACUUCUUCGUGGUGGGGAGGGGGUUCGGGAACUUCGAGAGGGAGAGGGACAGGACGGGGUACAAUUUAGAGGACCCGCAGGAGAGGAACACGGUGGCGGUGCCGAGCGGGGGGUGGGCGGCCAUCCGGCUGACGGCGGACAACCCGGGGGUGUGGUUCGUACACUGUCACCUCGAGGUGCACACCAUGUGGGGGCUGGGGGUGGGGUUCGUCGUGGAGGGUGGGGCGGACGAGUCGCAGUCCAACCUCCCCCCGCCGGACGAUCUGCCCAAAUGCUGACACUUGUUUGAGUGCAUCAAGUACCACACUGCGUUGCUUUUGAUUCUGAAUAGAAUUUGAUCGAGAUCGGAAAAUGGCAUGGCGGGCUCAUAGAUUAAAACUGAGGUUUGAUUUUGCCUCUUUACAUGGAUGUUACCACGGAAUAGCAUUCCCUACUAGUAAAAAACGUGUUUCACAAGGUCAUAAAGUUGAAGAGGCCGGAGGGGUUGGGUAGUCGCAGGGGGCCGUAGUCUGGGAUGUCGCAGAGAGCAGAGGAGGAGAAGUAGGAGGCGUUGGCCACAGAUGAGGAAGAGGCCGGCGAGCAGGGGCUGGGGUUUCCCCGCCACAGAUGGGGAAGAGGAGGAGGAGAA